CGAGAUUAUGAUACAUUCCCCUUCGCAGUGUUUUAAAGGACGUUGUGCACUUUCGAAGCCAGAAGGAAGUGAGCCUCGGACCACGGUAGCGCAUGCGCCUACUGCGUGCAGCCAUGCAUUUUGUCGUCGUCCCUAUUCUUAUCUUUGUGGUGGCCGCCGCAACAGCGUUGCCGACCAAAUUGACAGCAGAUCCGCCCAUCUGCGAUUUGUUCUACAGUUACAGUCUACAAAAUGGCAGAUGCAAUGGGGACGAAAAACUACCAGUGCCAUGCGAGGGAUGGUGUCACAUGUACAUUCAGUGUACAAACGGAGUGCCGGCGUCGAAAGGGACAAAAUGCGGCGGCUUGUUCCACGUGGAAGUUUUUGACUACGAAACCAGAGAAUGCAAAUUCAAGGAAUUUCUUAUUUCGAAAUACUGUGACUGGUGGAAAACCAUAAACACAACUUCAACUCAGAUACCAUCUACGGCUGAACCCACAACGCCAGCUGAGCCCUCCACGACGGCGGAGGCGGAACCCUCCUCGGCGGAACCUUCCACGACGGCUGAGCCCUCCACGACAGCCGAAAACCCCACGACGGCUGAACCCUCAACAACAGCUGAGCCCUCCACGACGGUGGAACCCUCCUCGGCUGAAGCUUCCACGACAGCUGAGCCCUCCACGACAGCCGAACCCUCCACGACGGCUGAACCCUCAACGACAGCUGGGCCCUCCACGACGGCCGAACCCUCCACGACGGCUGAACUGUCAACGACAGCUGAACCUUCUUCGACAACUGAGAUCUCCACCACAGCCGAACCCUCCUCGGCGGCUGAAACCUCGACGACAGCUGAGCCCUCCACCACGGCUGAACCGUCAACGGCAGCGGAACCUUCUUCGACACCUGAACCCUCAACGACAGCUGAACCUUCUUCGACAGCUGAGCCCUCCACGGCGGCUCAACCUUUUUCGACAGCUGAGUCCUCCACGAAAGCCGAACCCUCCACGACGGCCGAACCCUCCUCGACGGCUGAACGCUCAACAACAGCUGGACCCUCCACGACGGCUGAACCGUCAACAACAGCUGAACCUUCUUCGACAGCUGAACCCUCAACGACAGCUGAACCUUUUUCGACAGCUGAGCCCUUCACGACAGCCGAACCAUCAACGACGGCUCAACCUUUUUCGACACCUGAGUCCUCCACAACAGCCGAACCCUCAGCGACAGCUGGGCCCUCCACGACGGCGUCCUCAGCACCGGUCACCUUCUGGACGGCAACGACGCCUAGGGAUCCGCCUUCUUCGUCGACGAGGCCAGCCCCCUCUGCUUGGCCGCCUUUGCCCGUCCCGUCUUCGUGCUCACGUCAGUGGGCCUCGCUGCUCAUCCCUGCGCCUGGUCGCUGUGACCAUUACGUCGUGUGCUACUCGGGCCGCAAGCAGACCAUGCCGUGCCCGGCGCCACUGCACUUCCACUACAACCUCCAGGCGUGCGACUGGCCGGCCAAUGCAAAGUGUGCCUAGCCCGAGACGAAAGAAGAAACGAUGCUGUUGAGAAAAUGUAUUCUACAAAUACAAUUUUUGCUACAUGCUA